UUGGUCGUGUGUGCGUCACACUGUAAAAAAAAAAAAAAAAAAAAAAAAAAAACACAAACCCCUUCCACAGCGUAACUGUCAACGGCCAAAUAGACUGUUGCAGUAAACGGUAUCGAGUUAUUGGUAGUGGAAAAAAAACAUCCUCCUUCUGACUCAAGAUUUUAUACCAGAGUGGUGUAUAGUCAUUGUGUAAAGUGGACCGCAUUCUCAGGCCUUGUGCCUAAUAGGAGACCCGCUCCAGCGGUGUGUUGGUGUACAAUGGUGCGGUGGGAUGUUGAGGGCUUCCCUGGGAGACUGUGAUGUCAGAGCCCAACAGCCCGGGCGAGAGCCGGUGUGGCACUCCCAAAUUCUUCUUGGGCUGCGAAGAUGAUGAGAGUGAGGUCUUGGAGGACAGCAUGAGGACAGACAUGGAUCUGUAUGAGGACGAUGAAGACACAGACUCGCCCCCAGAGCGACAGAUCAUGGUUGGGAUCUGCUGCAUGAUGAAGAAGUCCAAGUCUAAGCCAAUGACCCAGAUCCUGGAGAGGCUGUGCAGAUUUGAGUAUAUUACUGUUGUCAUCUUCCCAGAGGAUGUAAUCCUCAACGAACCAGUGGAAAAUUGGCCACUGUGUGACUGUCUCAUCUCCUUCCACUCCAAGGGCUUCCCACUGGACAAAGCAGUUAGUUACGCCAAACUUAGAAAUCCUUUGCACAUCAAUGAUCUAGACAUGCAGUACUACAUACAGGACAGGAGAGAAGUGUAUCGUAUCCUGCAGGAGGAAGGGAUUGAUCUGCCACGUUAUGCUGUGUUGAACCGUGACCCAGAUAAACCGGAUGAGUGUAACCUGGUAGAAGGCGAGGACCAUGUCGAGGUGAAUGGGGAAAUAUUCCAAAAGCCUUUUGUUGAGAAGCCAGUUUGUGCUGAGGACCACAAUGUCUACAUCUACUAUCCCACUUCUGCUGGUGGUGGCAGCCAGCGGCUUUUCAGAAAGAUCGGGAGCCGCAGCAGUGUUUAUUCACCAGAAAGCAGUGUGAGAAAGACGGGUUCUUACAUAUAUGAAGAGUUCAUGCCCACAGAUGGCACAGAUGUUAAGGUGUACACUGUGGGACCGGACUAUGCCCAUGCUGAGGCUAGAAAGUCCCCAGCUCUGGAUGGAAAGGUGGAGAGAGAUAGUGAAGGAAAGGAGGUUCGCUAUCCUGUCAUGCUCUCAGCUAUGGAAAAACUGGUGGCCCGUAAGGUCUGCCUUGCAUUUAAGCAAACCGUUUGUGGAUUUGACCUCCUCAGAGCCAACGGUCACUCUUAUGUUUGUGAUGUCAAUGGUUUCAGUUUUGUAAAGAACUCAAUGAAGUACUAUGACGACUGUGCCAAAAUCCUUGGGAACAUUGUGAUGCGUGAGCUAGCACCUCAGUUCCAGAUUCCUUGGUCCAUCCCCACAGAAGCAGAGGAUAUCCCUAUUGUUCCCACCACUUCAGGGACAAUGAUGGAGCUGCGCUGUGUAAUUGCCAUAAUCCGACAUGGAGACAGAACGCCUAAACAGAAGAUGAAAAUGGAAGUUCGCAACCCUAUGUUCUUUGAUCUGUUUGAAAAAUAUGGGGGAUACAAAUCAGGGAAACUGAAACUGAAGAAGCCAAAACAAUUACAGGAGGUUUUGGAUAUCACAAGACUGUUAUUAGCAGAACUUGGACAGCACAAUGACUGUGAGAUAGAAGAGAAAAAAUCCAAACUGGAGCAACUAAAGACUGUUCUGGAAAUGUAUGGUCACUUUUCUGGAAUCAAUAGAAAAGUGCAGCUGACUUAUUUGCCCCAUGGGCAGCCCAAAACCUCCAGUGAGGAUGAAGACACACGUAAGGAAGGCCCGUCUCUGCUACUGGUCCUGAAGUGGGGAGGAGAACUUACUCCUGCUGGCAGAGUUCAGGCUGAGGAGCUGGGAAGGGCUUUCCGUUGUAUGUACCCUGGAGGACAAGGUGACUAUGCUGGAUUCCCAGGCUGUGGUUUGCUUCGAUUACACAGCACUUACAGACAUGACCUAAAAAUAUAUGCAUCAGAUGAAGGCAGAGUGCAGAUGACCGCAGCAGCUUUUGCAAAGGGUUUGUUGGCACUCGAGGGUGAACUUACACCUAUACUGGUGCAGAUGGUUAAGAGUGCUAACAUGAAUGGGCUGCUGGAUAGCGAUAGUGACUCACUGAGCAGCUGUCAGCACCGUGUCAAGGCCAGACUCCAUGAGAUUCUCCAAAAGGACAGGGAAUUCAUUGAAGAGGACUAUGAAAGAUUGGCUCCAACCUGUAGUGCCUCUUUAGUAAACUCAAUGAAGACUGUCCAAAACCCAGUGGCAACGUGUGACAAAGUUUAUGCUCUCAUUCAGAGCCUCACUUCUCAAAUCCGCAAGAGAAUGGAAGAUCCCAAAUCAGCUGACCUGCAAUUGUACCACAGUGAGACACUGGAGCUGAUGCUCCAGCGCUGGUCCAAACUUGAAAAAGACUUUCGCAUGAAGAAUGGUCGCUAUGAUAUCAGUAAAAUUCCUGACAUCUAUGACUGUGUGAAGUAUGAUGUCAUACACAAUGUUACUCUGGGCCUUGAAGACACACUGGAGCUGUUCAGGUUGUCAAGAGCUCUCGCUGAUAUCGUCAUUCCUCAGGAAUAUGGAAUAAAUAAAGUGGAGAAAUUAGACAUUGCAUAUGCCUAUUGCCUCCCACUGGUCAGAAAGAUUCAGCUUGACCUGCAGAGAACCCAUGAAGACGAGUCUGUCAACAAACUUCAUCCUCUGUAUUCUCGAGGAGUGAUGUCUCCAGGCCGCCAUGUUAGGACACGUUUGUAUUUCACCAGUGAAAGUCAUGUCCACUCACUACUGAGUAUUUUUCGCUAUGGAGGAUUGCUUGAUGAGGAGAAGGACCAGCAGUGGAACCGUGCAAUGGAUUACCUCAGUGCUGUCUCUGAACUCAACUACAUGACUCAGGUUGUCAUCAUGCUGUACGAAGAUAACAAUAAGGACUUGACCUCUGAGGAACGCUUCCAUGUUGAGCUGCACUUCAGUCCAGGUGUCAAAGGCGUUGAGGAGGAGGACAAUGCACCCACUGGCUUUGGCUUUAGGCCUGCUUCUGCAGAAGUAGCACGACAGGGGCAGAAAGAGGCUGACCCCGGCAGCCUGGAGGACCUGUCGAGAGAUGAGACGGACCGUGCUGUCCCACUCUCUGAGCCAAUUGCAAUUCAACGGAGGUCUCCACUUGUACGCAAUCGUAAAACAGGAUCCAUGGAGGUCUUGUCUGAAACGUCGUCUGCUAAAGUAGGAAGUUAUCGACUCUUCUCAUUCUGCUCACGUCAGUCCCCCGAGAUGAAACAAAGCGGAUUAGGCUCACAGUGCGCCGGGCUCUUCAGCACCACUGUCCUAGGUGGGUCCUCUAGUGCCCCUAACCUGCAGGACUACGCACGCGCACAUCGCAAAAAAUUCUCCACUGGCAGUCUGUCCUACAAAGACGGUACCAAAGAUGACAUGUCCUCCACAGCAGUGGCUCCAUCUCUGUGGAGUGCUGCAUCAGAGCCCUUUGAGGAGCACCAUGUGGCCCAGUUGUUAAGGCCUUUCUCCACCGACCCCACCCUAGGGCGCCGCCUCUCUCUGGAUGGGGCGCUGGCCCACCACCUGCACCAGUGCUCCUACCACCUUCGCCUCUUCCGAAACUGGCUCAUCUCCGGCCAGGACCCUCUAGAGUACCUCUACGGCUUUGAAGGCUGCUCCAUGGUGCCCUCUAUCUACCCCUUGGAAACACUACACAACUCGCUGUCUCUCAAGCAGGUCAAUGAGUUCCUGUCUCGAGUGUGUGAGAGUGCUGGAGACCCACAUACUAGGACAAAAAGAGCUCUGUCUGCCAUGUUUGGACAACACAACCAACCGUCAGUGGACACUUAUAUCCCUCAGAGAGUUCUUUCAUCUUCCAUAUCUCUCAGGUCUCGUUCUGACAGACCUCCUUGGUACAGCAGUGGUCCGUCCAGCACAGUGUCCAGUGCUGGUCCAUCUUCUCCAACCACAGCUGACACCUCCCCACGCUUCAGCUUCAGCGAUAAAGUCUCCCUCACCCCACAGAGCAGCGAGGAAACUCACACCACCCAAAACGCUUCCACUCAGAUGGUGCCUGCUGCUGGAUCACAGGUCCUCGACUCCACAUGUCCUGCUGUCUCAAACACUGCUGAAGCUCCCUCAACUCCAGUCAACCCAGAGCACGUUGAUGUGACUGAUCAUCUUUCUGAACCCAUGCUCGAAGCGCCCGAGUUAGUCUCCGGCUCUGUGGAUCCUCCGAUCUCUGACCCAGGCCUAAGACCCGCCUGCUCUGCAUUAGCUGAGCUCAGCCUGAACCGGAUGGAGGGUUACUGCCUGCCCGGCUCUCUGCCUGUGCUGCUGGAGCUCAGGGAGAGCAGCAGUGAGGCAGGGUCCAGCUCUCAAACACCUCAGUCUCCAGAAGGACACGAUGAGUUCUUUGACACCCAGGAAUCUAUGGAUCUGUUGCUGGACAGUCCAGAAAUCCCCCUUAAAGGGGAGGAGCUUGAAUGCACAGAGCCAACAGAGCUGUAGGGCAGUAAGAACUAAAAACAGAGUUGGUCAGUCAUCCCCUGUUUUUGUUUCAUGUUGUUUAAGCUAAGCACAAGUUCUUAGUGCACUUGUGAAAUUUGCCAAAGAAAGGUCCAAGUGGGUUCAUCAGUGAUGUGAGUCCACAACUUCUUAUUAUCUUAGGCCAAACACUUUAUUAAAAUGUCACAGCUGUCAAACAAUCAAACAUUGUGAUAAAUCAGAUCUUUUAUUAUCAUCACAAUACUGUGUUUAGACAAAUUCAUUGUAUUCAAAUCACUGACAUGAUGUGGCCUCUGUGGUCUAGUCCUUUUUUCUUUUCUUUUUUUAACACAUCAAGCAUUUUUUUUCAAAGGUCACGUUAAAACUUUACAAUUCUGUUACUGUUGCUUCGCUGCUGCUUUUACUCUUUUUGGUCAAAACCUGAAUUAUACCCAUUAAAAAUGCACAUGGUUAUUUACAUACAAAGCUUCAAUCAGUGUGUGAGGAAACAAUAUCUGACAUUUUGGUCGAGACGUGUUCUAUUUUAUUUAUUAGAUCAAAGCCACAUCUUAUGUUUCUUUUCUUUUUUUUCCAUUUGUUAAGAAGUGAUUGUGUUAACUUGCUUUUAUAAAAUACACAGAAUGUUGGUUUGCAGUACAGUAAGACACCAUCAGAAAAUACAAUCAGUGUCUGCUGUGUCCUGCAUCACACACACAUUUGUUAAUCCAUCCUGUGCUCAGUGUCAGUGGUGGCUACAACUUUAGUAAAAAAAAACUUUGAUUUAUGAAUCUUCACCACUGCCAAUCAAAUGUGUGGGUUUCAAGUUUAAGUCAUUCGCACAUCAGCAGCGUGUGCACUGCUUACUGCAGAAGUCCUUAAGCCUCAUUAAAGAUUUAAUAUAAUCAGUAGGAAAAGAGAGAAAUAUUUAUUUUGAAAUUAUGGAUUUAAAACUUAACAGAUUUUGGGAAUAGCUAAUAAGCUACACAGUGGAUAUUUACCUACAGCAAAGCUAAUGUAUAUUUUUGUAAAAUCACUUCAUAUUACAGGAGAAUUUUCAAGCUAAUUUCAUUUUCCACUGAACAAACAGGAGGAACGGUUUACAAUAUGUGUGCUUUUACUGGGGCGAGCAGUUAUGUAGCAGCGGUGUGUGUGUGGGUUUGUGUGCUUGUGUGUGUGUGUAAGGGAGAGGGUGCACUGUUGCCCUGGGAGCAAAUUCAGGUAGACAGAUAUAUGCUGGUGUGCACGUCUGUGAUUAUUUCAUGUUACAGUGCAAAGUACUGUAGUGGUACAAGAUACAACUGUGAGACAAUAAACCUCUGACCUGUUGACAGAUUAAAAACUACCACCAUACA